AUGGAGACUGGAAGACGCUGGAGAUCGCUGGAGAGUGAAAACACUCCAACCAACAAUCAGGGUCGUGAAAUUAAUUCAUACUAUGAAAAUGUGGAUUACUUGCCUUCAGCAACAGCUUCAGGCUGCAAAUGCUCUCGGUACAGAGCUAACUCCACUGAAGAGCAAGAAAGAGAGAGAGAGGUUUGUCCACCUAAACGGACUAAAGUUCUUCUGAUUGUUUUUGCUGUCUGUCUGGUUUUUGCUCUUGGAGGUCUCUGUAUUCUGGGGAUACUGUAUGUCAGAGUUUCAGUGCAACAAUCUGCCAAGAAUACUAAUGGCACAAUCAUGGCAAGAGAGCUUGAUAAACUUGCAGUCUAUUACACCAGAGUUAGAGAACAUCUCCAUAUUAAUGAGAAGACACUUGAAAAGCUGAACAGAUUAAACCACAGUACAGGUUGUGCACUUUGUGCCGUCCACUGGAUUCAUUCUGGAGGAAAGUGUUACUACUUCUCUACAGUCAAGAUGAACUGGACACAGAGUCGAGAUCACUGUGUGACUCUAGGAGGACACCUGGUGAUCAUAAACAGCAAAACAGAGCAGGAUUUUGUCACCUCAAAUGUUGAAGAGACUCACUGGAUUGGUCUCAAUGAUUUGGAAACUGAGGGUCACUGGGUUUGGGUGAAUAACAAGCCAGUUAACAAUUCAGUAAAAUUCUGGAUGAAACGUAAGAAUGAUAUCAGUGAGUCGGAUAACUGGACUAAAGUUCAUCCAGACGGUGAAGAUUGUGCUUGUCUGGGACAUAUAAAUGGAGAGACAGAUUUCUGGAUGGAUACUUACUGUUUUGAAGAGAAAAGAUUUGUGUGUGAAGCUGCUGCAGCUGUUUAAUUCAUCACUCUUCAAUAGAUCUUUCUCGCA